AUGUCACAGUCUGGCCACGAAUAUGAUCCGAUCAAUUACAUGAAGAAACCCCUGGGUCCACCUCCACCGACUUACACUUGCUUCCGUUGUGGGAAACCUGGCCACUAUAUAAAGAACUGCCCGACCAAUGGGGACAAAAACUUUGAGUCUGUUCCCCGGAUUAAAAAGAGCACAGGGAUUCCUCGAAGCUUCAUGAUGGAGGUGCAGGACCCGACGACCAAGGGUGCCAUGCUGACCAACACAGGGAAAUACGCCAUCCCGACGAUCGAUGCAGAGGCUUAUGCUAUAGGCAAGAAAGAGAAGCCCCCUUUCCUGCCGGAAGACCCAUCUUCCUCAUCAGAAGAGGACGACCCAAUCCCCGAUGAGCUGCUGUGUUUGAUCUGCAAAGAUAUAAUGACUGAUGCCGUGGUCAUCCCCUGUUGUGGAAACAGCUACUGCGAUGAAUGUAUCCGAACAGCCCUGCUGGAAUCAGAGGAGCACACCUGCCCGACUUGUCACCAAACAGACGUUUCUCCUGAUGCUUUAAUCGCCAACAAAUUCUUGCGCCAGGCUGUCAAUAACUUCAAGAACGAAACCGGCUACACAAAGCGGCUCCGCAAGCCCCCCCCGCCCCCUCGGCAGGCGGCUCCACGGAGCAUGCCUUCCGUGCCGAGGGCAGCCAUGUCAAGACAGCAAGACCCCCUGAUGGUUCCACCCUCAUCCGCUCCAGUUCACGCUGCUGCAUCCCUCGCCCUGCCACUGGCAUCAGCGACGUCUGCCUCUGCUCCCGCUGGGGAGGUCCCAGCACCUGUGUCCAUGGCUGCUCACCCUGACAAGCCGGAAGGGCCCUUCCGGGAGGGUGACAGUAUUGGUCCACCAGCUGCUCUGGUGGCUGCCUCGGAACACUCAAAGCCGCCUCCCUCGUUGUCUGUGAAUGCCGUGAUGGAGGAGAAGGUACGCUCCGUCCCUGGAGUGGACUCGCCCUGUCCCGUUUACCGCAGCGGCCUCUCCUUCUCUUCCUGUCCUUCCUCCAAGGGCUACCAGGUUCCUGUGCUUGGGCAGCCAGCCCUGGCAGGACAGCUGGGACCCCACGGGCAUUCCAUCCCCUCCAUGGGUCAGCCAAUGAGACCCAACCCUCUUCGUUCUGCAGGCAGCCGGUCCGGCUGGGAGCCAGGUCUGAAGCGUGUUGGGGAGGGGGCUCGGGGGGUGGCCAGGGCAGCCGGGGCUCAUAGAGCGGAGGAGGCCCUGCAGCCGAGGAGGGGCAUUUUACUACAAAGGGGUGCACCCAGUGUCCGUCUCCCUUUCCUCUCUUGCAAUCCUGGGACAAGUGUAACACUCAGUGACAACGUGUUUUUGGGUUUCUUUAGAAGUUCAAACCGAGGACGCCCGCAUAGUGACCGCACACAAAGGACCCAGGCCCCAACACUGCCAGCCUCCACCCAAGUCUUUGUGCCCGUGCCGCCUCCUCCGCCCCCCCUGUUCCCUCCGCCCCCCCACGCCCUUCCUCUUCCACCGGGGGUGCCUCCGCCACAGUUUCCUCCUCAGUUUCCACCGGGUCAGCCUCCACCUGCCGGGUACACGGUCCCCCCUCCGGGAUACCCCCCAGCUCCAGCAAACAUAUCAACACCUUGGGUACCAACACCAGUGCCAACGGCUCACUCAAAUGCCAUCCCAACGACACAACCACCUCCUCUAUCUAGGGAGGAGUUUUACAGAGAGCAACGGAGACUUAAAGAGGAGGAAAAGAAAAAAUCAAAACUUGAUGAGUUUACAAAUGAUUUUGCUAAGGAACUGAUGGAAUACAAAAAAAUCCAGAAGGAGCGCAGGCGUUCUUAUUCCCGCUCCAAAUCACCCUAUAGUGCGUCUUCGUAUUCAAGAAGUUCUUAUACGUACUCGAAGUCGCGAUCCGGCUCGUCCCGCUCGAGGUCAUACUCCCGGUCGUUCAGCCGCUCCCACUCCCGCUCCUACUCCCGGUCACCACCCUACCCCCGGAGGGGCAGGGGGAAAAGCCGGAAUUACCGUUCCAGGUCGCGGUCUCACGGGUAUCAUCGGUCCAGAUCCAGGUCCCCCCCCCACCGGAGGUAUCAUUCUCGGUCCAGGUCUCCCGUUUACAGGGGCCAGUCCCCAAGCAAGCGCCCCGCCCCACAGGGGGAAGGGGAAAGGGAGUAUUUCAGUCGAUACCGAGAAGUCCCAGCCUAUGACAUGAAAGCGUACUAUGGGAGGCCUGUGGACCUGAGAGGAGACCUCUUUGAGAAGGACAGAGUCCGGGACUGGGAAUGCUACAGAGACUGGUGUGAGAAAUAUUACAAGGGCUUCCCAGCUGGAGCUCAGCCCAGACCUCUGCUGAACAGAGAGAACUUCUCCCCGGAGCGCUUUGGCCCACUAGGACCUCGCCGAGAGAACUCUCCAUAUAUUCGGGGACGUCGAGACGAGUACCUGGGAGGGCUGGGCCAUCGGAACCGCAGCAUAGGCUCCGCCUACUCUGAAAAGCUGCUCAGCCGGGAGGGCCACGGAAUGAAAGAAAUGCCCAAACCGAAAGAGAAGGAGCCGGAAAACACCUCGGGAGAUGGGAAAGGCAACAAGCAUAGGAAGCACCGGAAGAGAAGGAAGGGCGAGGAGGGCGAGGGCCUUCCUUCCAGCACCGACCUCUUGGAAGGCUCACGGAAGUCAAGGGACCCUGCCGGGGGGGAAGACAGCAAGCCUGAACCCCUCUUCAUGCUCCCCAGCAGGGACGAUGCCACUCCUGUCCGGGACGAGCCCAUGGAAGCCGAUUCCGUUGCCUUCAAGCCCACGUCUGACAAGGAGAGGAAAGAGAAGCCAAAGGGCAGAGCCGAGAAGACCAAGCGCAAAGCAGAAGGCACAGCCACCCCCAAGAAAGACACGAUGGCAAAACCGACAAAAGCAGCCCCAGAGAAGUCGGAGGCCGAGCACGAGAAGUCCCCGCGGGCUGACCUUCCCUCCAGAAAAGCCAAGGAGGAGCAGCUGCCCAAGACCGAGAGCAGCAAGUCGUCUUCUCAGAAGGACGAGAAGCCCUCCAGCAGCACCCCACGCAAAGUUCACCUCCGAGCCACGAAAGAACACCCGGAACCCAGAUCGGCCAAGGAGGAGAAAGCCAGGAAGGAGCACCCCAAGGAGACCAAAGGCGAGAAGCAGCCGCCGCCGCCGAGCAAGGAGGAGAAGGCCAAGAAGCCAGCAGACAGGAGCAAAGCUGUGGAGGCCAAGCCUGAAAAGAGGAAAAGGAGGGUGGAGGAGAAAGCAGACCAGGAAGCUGCCGCUGCCACCGCCACAGUCAGGCCGCCCAAGCAAGAGGCGGCUGAGCUGAAACUCUCACCCAAGGGCCCCGCGGAGCCUGAGGGCGAAAAGGCAGCCAGGAGCCCGGAGAAGGAGGAGAAGAUGGUGUCGCCGGUGGUGCCAGCCAAGAAGAUCAAGCUGAACAGAGAAACUGGCAAGAAGAUUGUCAGUACUGAGAACGUGGCCCCCCCUCCCAAAGACCCCCCUGCAGAGAAGGCGGAGCCAGCCAGCAGCAAAGGGAAGCCCGAGAAGAGCAAAGGGAAGCUGAGGAGGAAAGUGGCAGCAGGGGACGCAGCCACCUCCACGCUGGUCGAUUACCCCAGCACCAGCUCCGCUGGAGAGCCUGUACGGAAGUCAGAAGAGAAGCCUGACAACAAGCGCACCGUCAUUAAGACGAUGGAAGAAUACAACAACGACAUCAUGGCCCCCGCUGAGGACGUCAUCAUCAUGAUCCAGGUGCCACAGUCCAAAUGGGACAAAGACGAGUUUGACUCCGAGGAAGAGGAGGAAGAGGUGGUGAAGUCGACGCAAGUCCCUUCCACAGUUGGGAAGCCCACGAGCGUCGUAAAGACCGUUGGCGUGAAGCCGCCCAUCAAACAGAACGAGAAGGAUCCUGAGCCUUCAGAGAAGACCCCGAGAACCUCAAAAGAACCGGGGCAUGAGAGCUCCGCUCCUGACUCCAAAAGCUCCAAACCCACGUUAUUGAAUGAGAAAGGGAAGCAGGACCGGGAGCAUUCUGCCUCCGACAGAGACUCUUUCGAGAAAAGAAGAGCAGCGGGAUCCGCAGAGAAGGAGCGCCCCCGAGCAAGGAGCUGUGAAGAGCGGCUCUUCCUCUCAUUCUUCCAAAGAGAGCAGGUCUUCGAAAAGCAUGACACCGCCCACGGGUCUUCUGCCAGGGACUUCACACCUACCUGGGACAAGAAGUCAGACCACGACAGCAGCAGAGAGCAUUCAGGCUCCAAGCGAAGAGAGGACAGGAGCGAUGUCUCCCGGAAGAAAGCCUCCCCUUCCCGAAAUCGGGAGCCUGCCUCCUCAGGACAAAAGAACAAGCCGAGGGGGACGAGAGAUUGGAGCGCCAAAAAGGGAGCCGGGGACUCCAGGAGGAGCAGCUACAGCCCUCCGAGGGACCGAAGGCAAAGUGACCACAAGGCUGCCUAUGAGUCCAGGCGUCCAGCCGAACACCGCAGAUCCCAGGAGAGAGGCUUCGGCAAAGAGAGAGAGAAGCGGCCAUCGUCUGAGACCCGGAGCAACAAAGAGCGGGUGGGGGGGAGCAAACCCCCGCACAGGCGAUCCUCCCCAGAGACGAGAGAGCAAGGGGCCACGCCAAAUGACAACAAGAGCUCCUCCUCCAAACCAAAGCCCCAGCCAAGCCACUCUUCCCGGCUGUCUUCUGACCCAACGAGAGAAACAGACGAGGCCGCCUUUGUGCCGGACUACAACGAAAGCGACAGCGAGAGCAACACCUCUGACUUGCCAGGCAAAAGUGCCCGGGACGGGAAGGAGAAGGCCCCCGACAAAGCUCAAGAGCCUGUGGCGGCAGUGGUGGCAACAGCAUGCCGGCCGCCCCCUCCCGGCGGGAGCAGCCAGAGCAGCCCCAGCGCUAGCCGCAGCCAGAGCCCCUCGGAGAGCCAGGGCCGCAGCAGCAGCGCCAGCUCUGCCGACAGCCAGGACAGCAAGAAGAAGCGGAAGAAGAAAGACAAGAAGAAGCGGAAGAAGCACAAAAAGCACAAGAAGCACAAGAAGCAGGCGGGGGCGGAGGGGGAGGCGGAGAAAAGCCAAAAACACAAACACAAGAAGAAGAUCCAGAAGAGCAAAGACAAGGAGAAGGAGAGGGAGGACCAAAAGGCCAAGGCAGGGGGGGCUGCCUGA